CAUGAUUCUUUCUUGAACAAACUGCCAGCCCUCCUGAACACCUUUGCCUUUGAAACUAGUGGACAUGAAAUCUUGCCUUAAGUCCUGGGAGAACUUGAAGUCUAUUUUCUCUUAAAAGGAAAAUCUCUGUCUGCUUAUGCUAUUAUUUUUUAUGAACACGAUGCAAGAAGUUGCCAGACAGCCUGUCCAGUUUUGUCGCUUUUGCAGUGCAUAUCUGUGUAGUUAUUCCUGCAAAUCAUGUACUUACUAUACCUUGAAAGAUUUCAGUAGCUUUCUCUUUAAGUAAAGCCUCUCUUAAGUAAUUUUUUCCCUUGCUUUGGAGGGUUUAUAGUGAGCUCCCACUAUUAUCAUGCCUGGUUCUUCUCCUUUUAUUUAGGCUUUCUAAAAUUCCACUGCAAUCUGGAUUUCAGAGCAAAAAUUUGCAUCCGUGUUAUACGAGGCAAUUCUUCACUUCCCUCUUUUCCCUGCUCGUCAUUUCUCAAAGAAGCCCAUACUUGGGUAUCAGAACUUUGUGACUAUUUUUAAACUAGCGAAGGGAAGCUUGAUAACGUGUAUCAUGACUGAACAUUUCAAGUAAGCGUUAAUUAUUUCAUCAGAUGAGUAUUUGUUGUUGUCUGAAAUCUGUGACCACAAAGCUGUAAGUUAACGUAGAAUAGUUUUCAUGUGCUGUGGAGUAUAUCCUAAGCGUGCUCUUAACUUUUAAGUUUUUUAUCUUAGUGGUAUGUUGUUCUUAGUUUCAGAAUAAGCCACUCCAAAGAACAGCUGUUUUAAAAUGUUUUCUAAAAGCUUAAGGGAAAUCAGAAAUGAGUUUCCAAGGCCAUUCUGCAUCUUUUGUGUUUGUCUCAGUACCACUGAUCUUGCUCUGUCUGAGACUAUGUGGGAGGUUGGAGAGGGGAGUCCGUCUUAGGCUACAUGCUGAGGCUGCAGACUCAUGGUCUUGCAGCUGUGGUGAGGGGGAGGCUUGAAAGGUCUCCAUCAGUCUUUCAGUGUCCUUUUCCAGGUUAGGAAUAGCAGUUGUCAAGGAAAAAACUGAAUUGUCAUUUUUCUUCGUUCUGCAAAUCUUUGACUUACUGAGCUUCCCACGCAAUACAUAUUUGGAAUUUAUUAAACUGCUGUAUGCGCAGGCUCCCAUGCUUAGUGCUUUCAGCAGCUUGCGCAAGUGAGGUAGAAUGAAAGUUCAAAAUAAUGUCAGCAUGUGAAAUGUUAAUGAGUAAAAGCAUGGCUGAAGGUUUUGGAACGGAUGCUGGAAGAUGUUAGCUGUGGAUACUGGGAUUGUGGAGGAGUGGUUGUCGGAGUUCAAGACCUUGCCAGAGGCAUCCAUAUCCAGCUAUGCGACAAACUUGAAAGACAAGACUGCUCUGAUUUCAUCUCUUUACAAAGUAAUUCAGGAGCCACAGAGUGAACUUCUGGAGCCAGUCUGCCAUCAGCUCUUCGAGUUCUAUCGCAGUGGUGAGGAACAAUUACUGCGAUUCACGCUGCAGUUUCUACCAGAACUGAUGUGGUGCUACCUUGCUGUCUCAGCCAGCAGAGAUUUGCAGAGCAGUGGAUGCAUAGAGGCCCUUCUCCUAGGAGUUUACAACUUGGAGAUAGUUGAUAAAGAGGGACAUAGCAAAGUGCUGAGUUUCACGAUUCCAUCUUUAUCCAAACCCUCAGUAUAUCAUGAACCUUCCAGCAUUGGCUCCAUGGCUCUGACUGAAGGAGCCUUAUCCCAGCAUGGUUUGUCCAGGGUUGUAUACAGUGGACCUCAUCCUCAGAGGGAGAUGUUAACAGCACAGAACAGGUUUGAAGUGUUAACUUUCCUUCUGCUCUGCUACAAUGCUGCCUUAAGCUACAUGCCUGCAGUUUCUCUUCAGUCACUGUGUCAAAUUUGUUCAAGAAUUUGUGUCUGUGGAUAUCCCCGCCAACAAGUGAGAAAGUACAAGGGAGUAAACUGCAGGAUUCCAGUUUCAUCUGAAUUCAUGGUGCAAAUGCUAACAGGGAUUUAUUAUGCCUUUUAUAAUGGAGAAUGGGAUCUGGCUCGUAAAGCUAUGGAUGACAUUUUGUAUAGAGCACAGCUAGAACUGUAUCCAGAACCUCUGCUGGUUGCUAAUGCAAUAAAAGCGUCACUGCCUCAGGGUGCCAUGAAAUCUAGUAAAGAAGGCACAAGGUGUAUUCAGGUUGAAAUUACACCUACUUCCUCCAGGAUAUCAAGAAAUGCUGUGACUAGUAUGUCUAUCCGAGGGCAUAGAUGGAAAAGGCAUGGUAAUACUGAUCUAGGAAUUGAAGAAGAACUGAUAGAAGUAUCUGAAACUGAUGAAGGGUUUUACUCUAGGGCUGCAUCUAGCACAAGUCAGUCCGCCUUACCUAACAGCAGCAACACAAGCAGUAAGAACCUUUUAGGGAAGAGCCAACGAAGAUCUGGAGGAAGCAAAGCUGGAGGAAAAGAAAAAGAAGGAGAAACCUGCAGAGAUCACUUGUCACGAAAACAAACUCAGAGAGCCAUGAGCGAGAAUCUAGAACUUGUUUCCUUGAAGAGACUGACACUGACAACCAGCCAGUCCCUGCCUAAACCUGGUAGCCAUAGUUUGGCCAGAACUACCACUACUGUGUUUAGUAAAUCAUUUGAACAGGUCAGUGGUGUCACAGUUCCAAAUAAUCGUGGUGGUGUAUCUGGUACAGAGGCAAACAGGUUCUCAGCUUGCAGUCUUCAGGAGGAAAAACUGAUCUAUGGAACAGAAAGAACAGACCUUCCUCUUUUAAGCAAGCAAUCUAACCAGCAGCGACCUCCCAGUAUUAGUAUAACUUUGUCAACAGAUUGAUAUCAUGAAUUAGCAAGUAUGAAAAAAGAAAUAUGGGGUUGUAUGCCAAUAUUGGUACCGUACAGUAAGCUCCUUAAUGUACUCUACAUUACUUUCUUAAACCUCAAGCCCAUACAUUCUUAUUCAGCUCACAUUUGACAGUAAUAGUGAAUAGACUACAGUUUCAAUUAUUUUGCAUCAACUUCUAAUAGCUUGUUAUGUUCCUCUUUUGAAUCACUGUAUUUAUACUCCUGAUUGCUUAUGGCUUUGUGUGAAGUUUACAGCUUUACCAGAUUUACAAACUUUGAUUGUUCAGCCACUGGCCAAGAUAUCUGGCUUUUUACAAAUGCACACCAUGGGAACAAAUAGAUCCUCUUUCCCAGAUUCUACUUUUCAAUACUUCUUGGCAUAGGCAAAACUGCAAGUAUUUUUUUUUAUUUAAGAGGAGCCUUAUGGCAUGAGCAUAGAAUUUUGGAAUGGCACUGUUAGAAUAUAUGAGUCAUGAGAAAGCUGUACUUACAUGCAAGGUUAAAACUGGAAGGCAUUGGUCAGUGUGUGAUGUUAUGGAUGGUUUUUGUAAUGUUAGUCAGUAUAUACUGCAGUGUUCAUACUUCUGUAUGCCUAUAUGUGUCUAAGGUAUAGAUGCAUUUUGGAUUAUAUAUGUAUCUUUGAAACUGGGUCAAAAGUCAUAUGGUAGCAGUACUUGUGUAUGGCAGUUCUUAUCAACUGCUGUAAUAGUCACUUUUCAGACAACAAGUGUGACUGACUCUGUAUCCCUUUCGUACUUUUAAAUAGCAAGCACAAAACUACUCAUUGAAAAGUUGCCAUCAUCAAUAGUUAUUACUUACGAGGAAGAGAUGUGCUUACGUAAGGGCAUUGUAGAAAAUGAACCCUUUGCACUGAAUCAAGCAAAUCAGGAGCGUAAAUGCAUUUCACAUGAACUUGUUACUUGAGACUUAGAGAAUACUACCAAAGGAUGUGUACUUUCAGUAACUUGCAAGCACAAAGGGAAAUUAUAAUGUAAAUAUAACUAGCAGUGUAAUUCCUAAUUUUUUGUAUCUAUUAUUUUUCUAGUUAGAAAUUCUAGAAGAGCAACAUGUUCAAGGUUACUUAACCUUUAACCUUCAGUCAGCUUGGUGACCUUGUUUGAUACCAACUUUUAUAAGCUUAAGACUUCAAUUAAAAAUGAACAUUAAAACUACUUAUGCAGAAAUUUGGAGAAGCAAUAGCAGACAAAAGCACUUCAGUGGCAGUGAUUAUCCGAGAGACAGCAUAUUAUUGUGUGUGUAGAAUCAAGGUGAGGAUCUAAUGCAUAGUCAUUCCCAACUGUCCAGGUGUCUGCAGCUAGUCAUCCCUUUUUGUCAAGAACGUAGAAAGACCUUGUGACAGACCAAACACUAAAAUUCUAGGAGACUUUUCUGUCUGCCUGGAGAUAAGUUUAGGUAUACCUUUUUUGACUUAUACUGAAGCACAAGUAACUUUUAAGCAGCUAAUGUUAUUCAGGUUUAUGACUGGUUGAUUAAUGAAAAGAAAUAAGAAGAUAUAGUUGAUAGGGUUAAGUUGUAGAAUUCUACUACUUAGACAGCGGACUAGAUGUGUACAUUUCUUAAUAUUCACUAAAGCAGCAGAAUAGCUACGUUGGUCUAUAGAUGUUUGUCUUCAACUGAGAGUCUGAGUUUAAAUGAAUGUGCCACACUUUCUUGUAUUCUUCAGUUUGUUGUGUGACAUUGUUUUGUUUUAGUACUGCAGUAUUUCACCUUACAGUGAAUGUUUUCGUAAUUGUACAUGAAAAUUUACAUUCCCAUUGUAUAAACAAGAAGCUUGUCUUGUUUAGUGUUUAAUACUUUGGCCAGUAAAAUAAACUGGUGUAUUUUUUUGGAAGUUACAUACUUUUGUAAAUACUUAAUACAGCAGAAAAUUUUGCCUUUUUACUUCUUUUUUAUUUUUUUUCCCCUGAAAUACACAUUAGAUGACAAUAUAUUUGUUUCAGAUUGACUAAUAUAUGUGGUUGCUGGAGCAUGCAUAAUGACAAGCAAUGGAAAAGUUUCAGGCAGCUGAUUGCAGACAUUGCCUAGAAGUACAUAUACCGAAUGUAAAGCUUUUCCUUUCCUUGAAAUUUAUAUUAGAUGUGAUGAAGAAAUAACCUGCAGAACUUAGGGCUGCCUCCUGAUCUGUUCUUGCAGUGUCAUAUUUAACAAUACUGUGGAAACACCUUACAGUAACUAACAUAGAAACAAAAACUGGGAUAGAUGAAUAAAAUUGCAAUUGACAAAUGUUUGUUGUGACAGUAUUAUUUAUGAGUUAGUGCUAAGAAACUAGAACUUAUAAGUACUUCUGUUGGGUUUGUUUCGUUUCAUUUAGUUCAUGAUCCUUUCAGUUAUCUCCACAGUAGAUAUUAUUUCAAGCUGGGUGUUGAUGUCAAAGGUGUUUAUUACACUUGGAAGAUCUGGCUUCUUCAGCUGUAAAUCAUUGGAAUUUUGAGGCAACUAAAAUGCCAUAAAGUGUAGAUACAUAACAUGUUUGCAAUGCUGUUGGCUACAAGUCAAACAGUGUUAAAGUUAGUUUAUCCUUUUGUUUUAUACAUCUAAUUAUUCUAACUGUGCUCUGGCUUGAAUCCAAAAUAGAAACUGUCAUUGGUACAACUGAAAUUGUGUAAGGAUUUAUUCUUCCUUUAGAAAAUGGUAAAAAAGAAAGUUUCUUGGUACCAGACACUGCUGCUUCCAUACAUGUGUGACGUUGUGUAAAUGUGUCUGUGUUAGUCUCCAGAGCGACUUGGAGAAUGAGCAUGUUUUUAUGAACUGACAUCACACUUUGGUACUGAUCUAGUCUACAGAAUUUCUUUACUGAUGUAAGUAAUAAAACUUUCAGCUGUG